CUAUAGUAAAGGUUGUGCUUCUGGCUGAUCGGUUGUUCGGAAGAGAAAAAAAUGUCGUCUGCAGCAGCGAUUUCUUCUGUGGUCGAUGAAUCUGCAAGAGACGAACCUGCUCCGUUUGAUGAAGAUGAUCCUUUUGAUUUGCCACCUCCUUUACCACCGCUUUCUCCUCAUCGCGACGAAGACGAAAUGAACCAAAAUGGCGACGCAGAUGGAGAUCAGCCGGAUGAAGGGGAAGGAGGCAAGAAAGAGUCAAACGCGAAGCGGAAAGUAAAGAGAUCGCCGAGGCCGAAGCUAGACGAAAUCAGGUUGUGCAGUGACCGUGGUCUUCCAGCUUUAACCCACCUUUGUGAUGGAGUCAAGUUCAAAGGGAAAGGUCAUGAGGCCUCGGAUCUGAAGCUACUGUUGCAGCGUUAUGAAUACUGGGCACAUCGCUUGUUUCCCAAGUUUCCCUUUGCAGAUGUUGUUGAUCAAGUGGAAAAGUUGGGCAAUAAAAAGCUAGUUCAAAACUGUAUCAAGAGAGUCAGGCGAGGUGAACAUGACACAAUUGAUGAUGGAGAAAAAUCAGAUACAGAGCAUGAUGCACAAGAGAGCGUAGUAUCCAGGGAUGAUGGAACACAGUCACAAGUUCCUGCUACUCCUGUUUCAAACAAUGUUCAACCAUUUGGUGUACAAGUUGAGCCAAGAAACGGGAUGGUCAUUUUGACUCCUGAACAACAAGAACGGAUGCGUUUGAAUAGAGAAAGGGCAUUGGCAAAACGCAGAGCUGCUCAGGAGAAUCAGACUGCUCAUGAAAACACUCAAAUAAAUGACCAGACAACCGUCAUCGAGGAACCUUCGUCAUCUAAUGAAGUUGUGGAAACUGCCAAAGACGUUGACAGCAGAACAGGAAAUGUUGGAGUGGAGAACGAUUCUUCUGCGCAAGCAAAUGAUAUUGAAAUGUUUGAUAAUCAGGUGGACGUAACUGUAGAUGUUUCGUUACCUGAUGACAGAAGUUUGGAGUCAGCUGAUGGCGCAGGAAUGGGUUGUGAGAACAAGAAUGUCAGAGAGGAAGAUAUUGAGAUGGAAAAUGCUGAAACAACAACGAAUCUUGAAAAUAGCAGCGAUAUAGCUAAAAAUCGAGAAAACUUUCCCACAGUGCAAGAUACGAAUGUCAGUAAAGGCAUUAAAGAGAAUGACUUGUCGAUCUCUGUCAACAAAGGAGAUGCAGAUUCAGAGACUAUCUUCCAUGAAGACGAAACAACUUCCGCUUCAUGGAUGGAGGAUAUCCAGCGAGAAGGGGCACAUGAAACACCUGAAACGCGGCCCUCAGAGCAAGGCCCCGCUGAAAACGGGCUUGAUGGGGAUCAGAACACGGAAAUGGAACCGGAAUCAUAGAUUUGAAUUUCUAAAUGGAUAUAAACGGAAAUCCUCUAUUAUUUGUUCGUCUUAGAGUAAGAAUGUCCUCUGGGUUUGUCUGGGAAGCUCAAACAGAAUAGUAUGUAACAGGAUA